GCGCAUAUCGCUUCCAGAACGUCGCCGUGCAGAUCGCAGAGCUGAACGUUGAACGUCGCGCCGAGGAUUUUUUUUGCGCUGGAUGUCGUGUGUGUUUUGUUUUAUUUUCGCGGUGCUCUUCUUCGCGACCGGUAAUCGAUACAUAUCCGACGGGCAAGAACCGGCUUUUUGGGCAAAUUUCGCGAUCGUUAUCUUUCGCUUGUCCGCCGAUCCAGCAACGAUUCGAACGUUGCUGCGCUGAUCCUGGGAGCGACUCAGGGUCCGGUUUCGAUGCAGUUUUGAAAGCCCCAUUGGAGUGACCGGCAGCAGUGACACAUUCAGGUGCCUCACUCAAUCGGAUAGAAUAAUCGGAAUUCAUUAGAAUAAUUUGGCUUGGAUGACAGGAAGUGAUAUUUAUUACCUGACGAGGUGAAGAUGGUGCAAGUUUCCUUCUACGGAGCGUGAGAAUUAUUUGAAGCUGAAUAAGUUAGUGAUGAAAUAUUGGCGGUCCGUUGCAAUGUGUAUCCAAAAUUGAAGUUGUUAUGAAUCUGAAAAGGUGAAUUUCUGUGGAAAUUAAUUGCAUUAGCGGGAGUGUGUUAAUGCUAUAAUCAAGAAAAAAAUAGAGCUAUAUGAAAAUUAUCUCGAAGAGGCUCAUGAGCAAUAUCGAAGCGGCAGCAGCCGUUGUUUGUAUGCCCUAGGUGUUUUAUAUCGGAAGUGCAGAACGGGGCCAGAAAUCUUCAAAGUGCUUGAGGGGUGAUUUUCCAAUCCAUUCAAUCAAAAUAUAAUCACCGGCAAAGGAAAACAUAGAUAUGGGCAAAUUAAGCAAUUACUGCUGCGGUGCUUCUACCGCUGUGCUGCUGCUACUCCUGAGCCACGUGAUUGGAGCGGUGCUCGGCAAACUGGAGCCCAUUCACCACAAGUGGUCGAGGUCGGAGAUUAUGGAUGGUAACGGGUUAUACUUGCUGGAAUGGAAGGUCGACCAAAAGGAUAUAGUUUUCACCGUAACGGUGAAUACGCGUGGAUUUAUCGGCCUAGGAUUCUCGUACAAGAGCGAACGGAUGAGCGGAUCGGAUUUGGUGCUUGCUUGGGUAGAUGACCGCACCGGGAAGCCCAAUGUGCUGGACUGCCACGGUGGCAAGGACAGCCGACGGGCACCGGUUCAGGAUGACACACAGAACUAUCAGGUGGAAAGUGGACACCAAAAUCUGACACACACCACCGUCACGUUUCGACGCCCGCUUGAGACGUGUGAUCCACAUGACGUGAUUAUAGGGACCGACACAAUGAAGGUACUCUGGUCGUACGGUGAUCGCGAUCCGGUGCACGGUGAUUUGAAGGAUCAUGGGAAAAAUCGUGGUGCCCGUUCCAUCCACUUCUUGGGACCAUCGUUCAAAAAACCAACGGAACCGCAACUGAAAAAUGACAUCCGCCAGUGGGACGUCACGGUGAAAAAUGUCUCUAUCGAUGCCAGCAUGGACACGCUGUAUUGGUGCAAAAUUUUGAAAGCACCAACCUUGAGGGAGAAACACCACAUCAUUGGAUACGAGGCCAUAUUGACCAAGGAAAGCUCGACGAAACAACCGCUUGUACACCAUAUGACCUUGUUCGAGUGCUCGCCAAACUCCUAUCCCGGUUCGGACCCAAAUUCGUGGGACGUGUGGGUUAAGAGCAGUGGAGCAGUUUGCAACAGCAAUCUGCUUACACCACGCGAUUGGGAUUCGUGCAUCACACCGGUUGCCACGUGGGGUGUUGGCGCCUCAGGGCAAUUCCUUCCCGAGCAUAUCGGUAUUCCGAUCGGGGGUAACAAAGGUGGAGCCAAGUACUAUAUGCUUGAAGUACACUACGACAAUCCGCGCGCUAAACGCGUUUUGGACCACUCUGGAUUCCGGAUGCACUACACGAGACAUGUUCGUCAGCACGACGCCGGCAUGUUGAUUUCUGGGGUUUCGAUUUCCGACACUCAAAUGAUUCCGCCGGGUCAGAAACUGUAUCGCAAUGUUGGCAUUUGCGGUCCAUCGUGUACUGGGGCUGUGUUUCCCGAGGAUGGAAUAAAUAUUGUUUCGGCAGCGUUGCAUUCCCAUGUAGCUGGGCGCAAAAUGAAACUGAGGCAUGUGCGAGAAGGCAAGGAGCUUCCCCGUAUAGUAGAAGACGAUAAUUACGAUCAAAGUUUCCAGCAAAUUCGACAGCUGGAGAAUGAAACCAAUAUUCUGCCCGGGGACUAUCUUAUAACGGACUGCGCUUACGAGACAAUCGGCCGAAAACGACCUACACUAGGAGGCUACUCAACUAAGCAAGAAAUGUGCCUUUCCUUCAUCACAUAUUAUCCCAAAAUCGAGUUAGCCGGAUGUUACAGCAUGACUCCGGUGAAAGAAUUCUUCGAAACGUUCGGAGUGUUUCAGUUCUACUCAAUGAACAUGACAGACGUGGAAAAUUUGUUCCUUUACAACGGAAACAUUCUUGACCUGCUUCCAACCACGGUGUUCCCCAACUUCGCACCCGGCGGCGACAUAGACGACGAGCAGAACCAAAUCGCCAUCAAAGCCCUGCAGAACGCGAAAGAGUACAGCAUCGUCGAUGAGGAAGAUAUCCUGUACAAGGAAUCCAUCCUGAACAAGCUGAUCAUCUCCGAUCCGGUGGAAUUCCACGAUCGGACGUUUUUGUCGCACCUGAACCAACUGCCCUGGCAGGAGCCGUUGUUCACCAGGCGGGUGGAGCAAAGCAUCCUGACUGGAAAGCAUAUGACUUUCUGCCGGGUCUCGAAUGAAUCUAUUUCAGUGGCGGCUGAAAUAUUUAAAUACCCAUCCUUCGAAGCUUUCGUCAAGCCACCGAGUCACUGCCCGUACCACCAUUUUAUGGAAUUCAAUCAAGCAUCGAACGCGAAGAAAUUGUCCAGCACAAAGGCUUUAAUUCUACUGCUACUAUUAGUCGUACGUCGAUAUCACUAAACCAGCAAAAUUCUUCGAAAUGUAAUUAUCGGCGAUCUAACCGUUUUACCUUAAGCUCCUUUUCACCUAUCCUAACUUAUUUACACUUCCCUCCCUGUGCCCAAACUUGGUUCAUCUUUAAAUGAAAAAAAACCUCUGAAUUUGUCAUGUUUUAUGCCCUGUAACUUCUGAGACAUAUUGCGCCAAAAAAAUCCUCUCGGGACUUAAGCUUUCAAAGUCAAAUGUAUGUUGGUUUGUACGGCUUUGUACUCUUCGCAAAAGAACUCUAAAAUAACGCUUGACAUGUAAGGAAACCAUUAUGAGCCCUAUGGUUCUACAAUAUAUUUCUCUUUGCAAAAAAAUAUGCUCUCUGAUUUUGCACAAUUCAAAGAUUGUCAACCUAAUCUUAAUUCAUUGAAUGCAUUUAAUAGAAGGGUGUUUGAAUUAAUAACUGAUAUUUCAAUCAGUCAAAAUAUGUCACGUCGGUGCCGCGCAAACUAAAAGUCUAUUAUUUUGACGAUUUUGACAGAUUGAAAUUACAUUUACAUAAUUCAAACAUACAGUAAAUCAGGAUUAUAUGAUUUUUUUUUGCAAAAGGGAUAGUCAACUCUGCUCAUGAAACAUUCAGAGGCUUAUUUUCUCCCAUUUAAAGUGUGCUACUCAAAAUAUUUAUCCAGCUCUUACUUAACUUAGCGCUAUGUAAUUAAGCAGUUUAUAUAAUGUUAGCUAUUUAAUUUAUUCAUUUCUGGCGUAAAAAUCUUCAUAUCCUGUGCUAUUCCCAUCGCGUUUGGUUUGUGAGCGCUAAAAAAUCCUUCGAUCGUUUUAGAUCUCACCUAUCCAGGAGAUCAGACCACUAUUCUACAAUAAAGUAGCUAUAAGGAAAAAAAAUCAGUAAAAUGAACAACGAUCAACUGGGUUGGGAACAUACACAAACUACCAUUACCAAGUGUGGGAAGCUGAAUAAUAAAUAAUAAUUCAGCUCUCCACGUUUGUCGAUGGCGGCCAUGCUUUCUACAUUUCAGAAGUUUAGGCAAAAACAUAUCUCCAAGAAGACUUCCAGAAAUAUCAAAAAUUAAAUUGAACGAUGGAUUCAAAUUUACCCACCGUUAUCUAACGUGGAUAGUUGGAUAUAUGUACCUAUAAUGCAUGUAGUUAGCACAUGGUCCUAAAACUUUAGUUCAUUCCUCUAGCUGUAUCUAUAUCUCCAAUUAUUCAAACAAAAUAUUUAUCAACGGAUCACUCGUAAGAGAAAAAGCAUGCCAAAGUUUAAUAUAAUUUUCUACGAAAAUUCGAGUAAAUAGAUUGUAUCAAAUCGAUUAGUCUGCACUAAUGCUCACUCAUAGAGGAUAAGAUAAUGGUUAGCAGUCAUAAGCUACUUAUUAUUGCUACUUUAGUAUUCACCUGUUUCGCUUUAUACGUUUUUGAGACGCAAAAUGACCGGCCCAUGUACGUCAGCCUGUUUUUUUUAACGCAUAUGCAUUAGUGCGAUAAGGAGUAUCCCAUUGAAUGAGAUGACCAAGCGCGUGGACUUCGUCUUAUUUAAUGAUGAAUACUGUCUACCGCAAUUUCGUGCACUCUGUGUAAAAUGAAACACAUGUAUGUCCACUGAUUCAAUGUAAAUACAUAAUUGAUAAUAAUAAUGCCUGGAUUUGCAAAUUUAGUGAAUGUUUCAUUAUUAUAAUUCGAAAAAUGUUAAUGGCUGCACUAUUGACGCGUAAUAUUUAAACCACAACUGGUAAUAAUAUAUAAUGCGAAAACAAAUUUAAAAUCAAGUUAAUACGAAAAUGUAUACAAUUUAACAAUGUAAUUCAAUUAUAAGUUAAGUUAUUCUCGGCCUCAUCCAAAACAUCACAAACGAAAUAAAAACAUUAUAAUUAAAUAUUAAA